GGGUUGAACGCGGGCCGAAAAAUCGGGUUUUUCUAGGGACAAUCAGAUCUAAUGAAGGGGGGGGCACCGGCAUCAAGACUAGGAGAUGGAGAGUUGGGAAAUGAGAUGAGAGAAAAGGGGUUCGUCCCUGCCACUGGUAUGGAGGCCAAAGUGAGGUGGCCUAUCCUACACCUAGCGAUUCGCAUCAAUGGACCCGACGGAGCACGACGAUAUGGGGAGGAUCAAACAACGGCACUGACGGCUGCUAGGAGUGGGUACUGUAGGGUCGUCUUCAAAACGAAUUAUGAUCGGCUGGUCGCCAAGUACAUGAGACUCGGGAUAGCAUUGGCAACAGACCUCCGGCGACGCAGGGAAGGCCUCACUAAGCAGAUCGUACGGGAGCUCAUGAUCCCUCUCGCACAACUGGUCGACGAUCUUCCGGUCAAUAUUAUCUCCCGAAGUGACAACAGUCCGGCCCCUCACGUUCUUGAGCGCACGCUGAAGUCGUACCUCCAGUGGACGGCUUGUUCUGAGGAGCUGGGAAGCAGCAGCCAUCGGCCAUCGAGCCGCGAGCACUUGGAUCCCCUGGAGGUGAUUGAUCUAUGCUUUCGCGAAGAAGCCGACGAGGAGGAGGAGGAAGAAGAAGAAGAAGAUGAGCAAAAGUCGGAAGAAGGGAGCUAUAGCGAGCAUAGUGAGGGCGAGCCAAGCGAGGAAGAAGAAGAAAAAAAAGAAGAAGAAGAAGAAGAAGAAGAGGAAGGAGGCGACAACGAGUUGGAGUGGGAGAGCCAGGGCGAGGAGCCGGAUCGCACGGAGGAGGACCCGGAGGCCGCCGCACGACGAAAGGAAGAGAUCGAGGCGGGCAAACGACCAACAGAAGACGCGGGCACCACCGAUCCAUCAAUCCUGAACGAUCCGUAUCGGGAUCCGGAGCCGCCGAAGCCGGAAGAUGGGGACCCUGCUGCCACGACUGCUAGCGCGACGACGACGCGACAACGAAGCAGAUCCCGAUCCCCCUCCCCGUCCCCUAACGACCUAUCACUGAUGGUUGAUUCCUCUCAUGAAAAUAUGAAGGAAAUGUAAAACUUGAUGAACAAAUUCUGCUACCUAUC